AUCUUUGCUGAGCUUGACACCGACCAGUCCGGCUUCCUCACGCUUGCGGAGCUGCAAGCGGCGCUCGCAAAGGCUGGCGGCGCCGUCAGCCUCGAGCAAAGCGAGGCGGUGUUCCGAGCGAUGGACACGAACAGCGACGGCGAGAUCAGCCUCGAGGAGUUUACAAAGGGGCUGAGCGAUGCCAUGGAGGGUGAAGAGGCGGCAAUGAGCGAGUCUCCCGCCCUGGCCGCCUUUAGGGAGCUGGACACUGACGGCAGUGGCUUUAUCGACCUGCAGGAGCUCAGGGUCGCCCUCGACGCAGCCGCCCGAGCCCGCCCAUCGGAGGAGGUGGUGGAGGCCAUCUUCAGGGAGAUAGACGCCAACGGUGACGGCGUCAUCUCGUUUGAGGAGUUCGCACGGGUGUACGCGAAG